AUGCACAUGGGCCGAGGGGUUCAUCACCAGCUGCAGUAUGUUGUUACAUUUGCCAUUUUCUGUUUCCCUGCAGAGGACAUCGAGGUGCGUUUCUUCCAAGACUCUUGGGAGGGGAAGGGCACUUUCUCCCAAGCUGAUGUCCACAGGCAGGUGGCCAUUGUGUUUCGCACUCCGCCCUACCGUGACACUAACCUCACUGAGCCAGUGAGAGUCAAGAUGCAGCUCCGGCGCCCCUCUGACCGAGAAGUCAGUGAGCCAAUGGACUUCCAGUACCUGCCAUCAGAUCCAGAUGAAUACAGGCUGAGUGAGAAGAGAAAGCGGACAGGAGAUAUGUUCCAGAACCUGAAGCUAGGGCCCUUGCUAUCUAGUGUGACCACUCCACAAGAUAGACAGCACCUAAACCCAUCAAGGAGAAAGCUGACAGCCAAGCCUCCAUUACUGAACCAACAAGCUGCAGCUGUGGUGCCCACUGGUCCCACUGGGGCAAAAUCACAUCCCCAAUACUCCUUCCAACCAGGCCAGCUAUUUUCUGAGCAGACAAAGGUAGAAGCCUCCAACAUGUCAGCAGCUCCUACCAACCAGUGGAAGAUGACAGCCCUGGGCUCCCAACCAAAAGCAAACCCAGUGUCUAGCUUUUCAAUGAACCCAUCACCGGCCACCGUCUCCUCUACCAUCACUUCAACUUCCAAUCAGGACUACUCAACAGUCAACCUGUCAGAUCUUCAUGAAUUCUUCCCCAACAUUUCCUCGACUAUCACUCAGCAGGAGCCCUCAGCUUCUCAAGUAAACUUGGCCUCUUCACAGACAAGCAACUCCUUCGCCCUCCAGAGCACUCAGUUCCGGGGAGAACCACCACUUGUGGAUGACGAUAUCCCAGAUUUCCCUAGCUUCACUGAAGGCCAGGUCCCAGUCAACCUGGACAGCCUCAACAUGGAUGACUUGGAGGAUCUUCUGAACCCCCCGCUUGUUGGUGUAAAUCAUCCUUCAUGUCAGCCGACUGGCCCUUCGGGCUCCUCUACUGCUGCCCAGACUAGUGCAGCAUCUCAGAACACUUCUGACCCUGCCAGCAACCCAGGAAGCACUUGGAUGAAUUACCCCAACAGCAUUGUGCAUCUGCUCCAGAACGAAAUCAUGACAGACAGCAGACCCAAUAACAACCAAAUGCUCGAAGACUUCGAUGAGUUGAUGUCUGCUGAUGAGGACCGUCUUAUUUCCAUUUUUAACAGUGGAAGCCAAGCUGGGUUUGUGUCAGGACACCCGACUUAAAGUUUCUUUCAUUUUCCCAAAGACCAAUUGUAUCUUCCCCUGUGGCCAUCAGGACUAAAACUUCUUUAUUAUUGUAAGGCAAAAAAGGAAGUAGGCAGAGGAGACCGAAUGUAGCAGCACUGCUCACUGUGGACACACUUCUUAAAAUACCAGCAAUGACUUUAUGGUAUUCAGUCUGACGCCUUGCCCAGUCAUAUAGUUUGUCUGAUAAAUUGCAAAACCCAUAAUGUAGGUGAUCAGAUUUCAUGCCCUGUGAAACCAUGUCCAGCAUCUGUGACUAAACGUUUAGGUCACUGUCAACAUAUUGAUGGUGGAGACAGAUUCUCCAGCGAAUGUUUUAAGAAGACAGACAGCAUGGGUACUUUGAUAAAGGUAUCCGGUGUGGUGAUUAUUUUUGGAACAUGUUAAGCAUGUUUUUGUAUUGUCAUUUGAACAAUUUUGGUAGCUGUGGCCACAAAAAUGUGCAGCUUUUGUCUCUUUUUUUGUCUUUAUACAAAAGGGUUCAUAUAUAUGUAAUCAGAUCUAGAGGUAAGUCUACACAGAUUAUGUCCAUUUUUUAAAAAAAUAAUCUCUUUGGAUUGCACCAUUGUUUUCUGAAGGUUAACACAAACUAUCUGAAUGUCUUGGAAACAAAAUGAAGGUGUACAUUUAUCAAACAAGCAACAUUACUAUAUAUGUGCUUAUACUAGAGAUUGUGCUUUUUAUGUGGUAAUAGUUUCCACUGCUCUGUAAUCAGUUUUUCUACACUUAUUUUAUCAGUAAUGGUUGCAUUUUAACUCAGCUGUUUCAGACUUGCUAUUCUCUGCAGUAAGGUGCUUUACUGAAAUGUAAUUAUGUUUUUACGUGUAUUAUGAAAGUGGAUCGUAGUAUAAUUGUGCUUUUUUUUUUUUUUUGGAAUGAGACUUUGUCAACAUACAAAACACUGUUUUGGCAAUAAAUACCACAACAUAUAAAGACGAUUUUCAAAAGAGUAUUUUACUUUGCAACUCUGUAACUGUUAUACAGUACAAAGGGGGGAAAAAAAGCCGAACGCAAGAGACAAAUGUAAAAUGGCAACAAGGAGUGCUUCAGUGGAUCUUCUGAAAAUGUGCAUACAAAUCAAGGAUGUUAGUGUUCUUCCCAUCACUCGAGCCUGUUAGAAUCUUGUUAGUACUACUAUUCUUGUAUACAAUAUUUUCAAUACAAAAUAAAGA